GGCCAUGGUCCGCCUGCGGAUGUCCCGAGCCCUGUCCCAGUUGCUGAUCCUGGUGCUCCUUCUCCUUCCCCAGGCACAUCCUGCCGGUGUCUUCGAGCUGCAGAUCCAUUCGUUCGGGCCAGGCCCGGGCCCAGGGCUCCCGCGGUCCCCCUGCAGCGCUCGGGGCCUCUGCCGCCUCUUCUUUAGGGUCUGUCUGAAGCCCGGGGUCUCCGAGGAGGCCGCGGAGUCCCCGUGCGCUCUAGGCACAGCGCUGAGUGCGCGCGGACCCGUCUACACCGAGCAGCCCGGAGCGCCCGCGUCUGACCUGCCGCUGCCCGACCGCCUCAUGCGCGUGCCCUUCCGGGACGCCUGGCCGGGUGCCUUCUCCCUCACCAUCGAGACCUGGAGGGAGGAGCUGGGAGCACAGGUGGGAGCAGAGCCCGCCUGGAGCCUGCUGGCGCGCGUGGCCGGCCGGCGGCGACUGGCUGCCGGGGGCCCGUGGGCCAGGGACAUGCAGCGCGCAGGCGCCUGGGAACUCCACUUCUCUUACCGCGCGCGCUGCGAGCCGCCCGCCGUCGGGGUCGCGUGUGCGCGCCUGUGUCGCUCGCGCAGCGCCCCGUCGCGGUGCGAUCCGGGACUACACCCCUGCGCGCCGUUCGAGGACCAGUGCAAGGAUCCGCCUGUGUGCCUGGCAGGCUGCAGCCCGGAGCACGGCUUCUGUGAGCAGCCAGAUGAAUGCCGGUGCCUGGAGGGCUGGACUGGGCCCCUCUGCACUGUCCCUGUCUCAACCAGCAGCUGCCUCGGGCCCCGGGACCCAUCCUCUGCCACCGCUGGAUGCCUCCUACCUGGGCCCGGACCUUGUGACGGGAACCCCUGCGCCAACGGGGGCAGUUGUAGUGAGACGCCCGGUUCCUUCGAGUGCGCCUGUCCCCGGGGCUUCUACGGGCUGCGGUGUGAGGUCAGCGGGGUGACCUGUGCCGAUGGACCUUGCUUCAAUGGCGGCCUGUGCGUCGGGGGCGCCGAUCCGGACUCUGCCUACGUCUGCCACUGCCCACCCGGUUUCCAAGGCUCCAACUGUGAGAAGAGGGUGGACCGGUGCAGCCUGCAGCCCUGCCAGAAUGGCGGGGUCUGCCUGGACCUGGGCCACGCCCUGCGCUGCCGCUGCCGCGCGGGCUACGCCCACUUCUCGGGCCUCGUCUGCGCCUGCGCGCCCGGCUACAUGGGCGCGCGCUGCGAGUUCCCGGUUCACCCCGACGGCGGCGCAGGGGCGGUGUCCGUGGCCUCGCCCGACCUCGGGCAGACGGGUCCGCAGCGCUUCCUUCUGCCGCCGGCUUUGGGGCUGCUGGUGGCCGCGGGCUUGGCCGGCGCCGCCCUCUUGCUGAUCCACUUGCGCCGCCGAGGCCCUGGCCGGGAAACUGGGUCCCGCUUGCUGGCGGGGACCCCGGAGCCGUCGCUCCACGCGCUCCCAGAUGCAAUCAACAACCUGAGGACGCAGGAGGGCUCUGGGGAUGGCCCGAGCUCCACCGGAGAUUGGAGUCGCCCAGAGGAUGGAGACUCUCGAUCGAUUUACAUCAUAUCUGCUUCUUCAAUCUAUGCUCAGGAGGUAGCUACACUCCUAGGGGAUCUGUGCGCACAGAGACACGCUGGGCCUGGGGAGCCCUAUUGUUUUCUAGCCAUCCUCCAUUCUGUUCGUGAAACAAGGAUGACAGCGUCUCGGCAGGGUGUCUGUGCCCACUUUUCUGUUCUGACAGUUCUAGUUUGCAUUCCUCUUGCUGUCGUUCGGGUUCAAGAAGUCACAGUGGGAACUUUGCCCUGAGGAGAGAAGGGGACCAAAGAGCCUUUCCUCAUGCUUCCUACUCACUUCUUUUUUCUUUCCUUUUUUUUUUUUUUUUU